AUGGAAAAAGAAGGGAUUGUUUACAAGGUGAAACACAGCGAAUGGGCUACGCCACUGGUGGUGGUUCCAAAGCCAGAUAAAGGCGUGCGAAUUUGUGGAGACUACAAAGUUACAGUAAAUCGCGAAAUAAGUGAGGAACAGUAUCCAAUACCUAAUACAGAGGAUUUAUUUGCGACAUUAGCAGGAGGGCAAAAGUUCACUAAAUUGGAUCUGUCUCAGGCAUAUUCACAGCUUGAGGUAGACAAAGAUUCAGAGCAAUUGUUAACUGUGAACACAUCAAAGGGACUUUAUCGCUACUGCAGAUUGGUUUACGAAAUAGGUAGCAGUCCAUCGAUUUUUCAGUCAGUAAUGGACAAAAUAUUGGCUGAAAUUCCAAAUGUGGUGUGUAGAAUUGAUGACAUAUUGAUUACGGGGCCAAAUGAUCAAUCGCAUUUGACUAGUUUGAGAGAAGUUCUAAAAAGAUUGAGUGAACACAACAUAAAGCUGAAUGAAAAGAAGUGUUCUUUUAUGCAGGACGAGGUGGUGUACAUGGGACAUCUGGUGAACAAACACGGCGUUCAGGCCACGAAAGACAAAAUCGAUGCCAUCAGAAACUGCCCGAAACCUGAAAAUGUGAGUCAGCUGAAAUCUUAUUUGGGCUUAAUUGGAUACUACCGGUCAUUUUUGCAAAAUCUUGCAUCACUCUUGCAUCCACUUCAUGGUCUCUUAAAAAAAGGAGAAAAAUGGGUGUGGUCGGCAGCUUGCGACAAGGCGUUCAAUGAAAGCAAGGACCUGGUAGUGAACAGUGGCUUAUUGGUUCACUAUGACAUGAAAUUGCCGCUGACGUUAGCUUGUGAUUCGUCAUCUUACGGCAUUGGUGCAGUGUUAUCGCAUAUUAUGGAAGAUGGGCAAGAGCGGCCUAUUGCUUUUGCUUCUAGGACACUGACGGACAAUGAGGAAAACUAUAGUCAGAUUCACAGAGAAUCACUAUCUCUAGUGUAUGGUGUGAAAAAGUUUCACAAGUACUUGUACGGACGCAAGUUUACCUUGAUAACCGAUCACAAAAGUUUGACAACUAUUUUGGGUCCGAAGAAAGGUAUUCCAACUAUGGCAGCAGCGCGUUUGCAGCGUUGGGCAGUUACGCUAUCCGCGUAUGAGUAUGACAUUGUGUACAGGAAAUCUGCAGAUCAUGGAAAUUGCGACUUUCUGUCACGUUUACCAGUAGCCGGUACGGACGCGUGUUACAUCGAAGAUGCGGGAAAUGUGUCCUAUGUCGAGGAAAUUUCCAUUUCUGCAAAAGAUAUUGCAGAAAUAACUCGAAAGCACCCGGUGUUGAGCAAAGUGUACGAGUAUACAAUGAAUGGUUGGCCAAACCAUGUUACUGAAACGGAAUUAAAAUUGUAUUUCAACCGGAGAAACGAAUUGUCAACGGACAAUGGAGUUAUAUUAUGGGGAUUACGCGUUGUUAUACCGGAUACUUUCAGGCAAAGAAUAUUAGAAGAGUUGCAUGAUCAACAUCUGGGUAUGUGCCGAAUGAAGGCGGUGGCUCGAAGCUAUGUUUGGUGGGAAAACAUUUAUAGGGACAUUGAAAAUAUGGUACGGGCAUGUGAUACAUGUAUGUCAGUUCAAAAUUCGCCAUACAAAGCACCGCUUCAUCCCUGGAAGUGGGCUACAAGACCAUGGCAGAGAGUACACAUCGACUUUGCUGAAUUCAGGCAACAAAAUUUCUUGGUGGUUAUAGAUUCAUAUUCCAAAUGGAUCGAGGUUAUGCCGAUGAAAUUAACCACGAGUGCAAAAACCAUUGAGAAAUUGCGUGGACUAUUCAGUACAUGGGGCUUACCAGAAGAACUAGUUAGUGAUAAUGAUCCAAGGUUUACAUCUGUGGAUUUCAAAGACUUCAUGGGAAACAAUGGUAUUAGACAUACUAGGUCUCCUGCCUACCAUCCGAGUUCGAACGGGGCAGCCGAACGGGCGGUACAAGUUCUCAAGAAGGCUCUCAAGAAACAACUUUUUGACAAGGAUUACAAGGGGAAAAUGAUUCACUGA